AUUUAUAAUGGAAACGUCCAUAACUAAUGGUCCAUUGAAAGUGUAUUUAUUUAUUCAUUCAUUUAUUUAUUUAUUUAAAAACCAACAACAUACUUUUCAAUCGUGUUAACGCCAGAACAACUGGAGUGUUGUGAUUUCCUACGUUGUCCCAGUGUCCUGAACGCCUCCCGGCGGUGAGCCGGAUGGCUGUUUCCCGGCAUGCAGCGCGGCGGGUCUCCGUAGCUCCGUAGAGAGGAGAGAGGAGAGAGGAGCAGUAAUGGCGGCCGGUUAGAGCUCCGCCAGUCUCCGUCCGCAGCCCGCAGACCGCCCGCAGCCCUCCGGGGCCGCAGCUCACCGCCCAGCCAGCCCAGCGGGGACCGGCUCCCUCCGGCCCGCUGCUGCCCGGGACUUUACUAACACUUUUAUAAAAAAAAAAAAAAAAACAUGGAUGAGCAGCCCGGAGGAGGAGGAGGAGGAGGAGCAGGAGGAGCAGGAGGAGCAGGAGGAGCAGGAGGAGCAGGAGGAGCGGCGCCCAGGCAGCUCUCAGCCCCGCAGCAGCAGCAGCAGCAGCCGGGCAGCAGCAGCAGCAACCCGCCGCUGGGAGCCAUGGUGCCGCAGCAGCCCGACGAGCCGCCGCGGCCCCAGCAGCACUACACCAUGCCCGGCAUCCUGCACUACAUCCAGCACGAGUGGGCCCGGUUCGAGAUGGAGCGGGCGCACUGGGAGGUGGAGAGGGCCGAGCUCCAGGCCAGGAUAGCGUUCCUGCAGGGCGAGAGGAAAGGUCAGGAGAACCUGAAGAACGACCUGGUUAGAAGAAUAAAAAUGUUAGAAUACGCUUUAAAACAGGAAAGAGCAAAAUACCACAAGUUAAAAUACGGGACGGAGUUGAACCAGGGGGAGAUGAAGAUGCCAAGCUUUGAAUCAGACACCAAAGACUCAGAAGUGUCUGCUGUUCCUGCCAACAGUCAGCUCACCUGGAAACAAGGAAGACAACUCCUCCGACAGUACCUGCAGGAGGUGGGAUACACGGACACCAUCCUGGACGUCCGCACCCAGCGGGUCCGCUCGCUGCUCGGCCUGUCGGCCUCCGAACAGAACGGAUCCGUGGAGAACAAGAACCUGCAGCACCUGAUCAACGGGACGGAGCGCCGCAAGGACAGCAAGAGGAGUCCAGGAGACGUUCUGGAGACGUUUAACUUCCUGGAGAACGCGGAGGACAGCGACGAGGACGAGGACGAAGAGGGAGACCUGAUGGACGACAUCAGCACCGACAAACACCACCGAGCCAAGAAACACAAGACCAAGGUGGGGAACGAGGGCUUGGCGUCGGAGGACGACGCCGACACGGAGGAAGCUCUGAAGGAGUUUGACUUCCUGGUGACGGCGGAGGACGGCGAGGGCGCCGGCGAGGCCCGGAGCUCCGGGGACGGGACGGAGUGGGCGGAGCCCCUCCCCUUCCCUCCCGGCGGGGGGAAGUCCUUCCUGCUGGGCUCUGAUGACGUCCUGGAGAGCGUUCUGGGUCUGGGCGACCUCGCCGACCUCACCGUCACCAACGACGAGACGGACUACAGCUACGACCUGCCGUCCAAUAAGGAGUCUUCGUUCAGGAAGACGUGGAACCCCAAGUUCACGCUGCGGAGCCACUUCGACGGCGUGCGGGCGCUGGCCUUCCACCCGGUGGAGCCCUGCCUGGUCACCGUGUCCGAGGACCACACCCUCAAACUGUGGAACCUCACCAAGACCGUCCCCGCCAAGAAAAGUGCCUCUUUUGAUGUGGAGCCCGUCUACACGUUCAGAGCCCAUGUUGGUCCAGUGUUGUCCCUGGCGAUGACGUCCAGCGGGGAGCAGUGUUUCAGUGGAGGCAUCGACUCGACCAUCCAGUGGUGGAACAUCCCGAGCUCCAACGUAGACCCCUACGACACCUACGAGCCCAGCGUCCUGGCGGGCUCGUGGCUGGGACACACGGACGCUGUGUGGGGAUUGGCUUACAGCGGCAUCAAGAACCGCCUCCUGUCCUGCUCCGCCGACGGAACCGUCAAACUGUGGAACCCAACGGAGAAAAACCCCUGCAUCAGCACUUUCAACACAAACAAAGAGCACGGCGUCCCCACGUCGGUGGACUUUAACGGGUGUGACCCCGCCCAUAUGGUGGCGUCCUUUAGCAGCGGGGACGUGGUGGUUUACGACCUGGAGACUUCCCAGAAUACACUGGUGCUGAAGGGCCAGGGAGACGCCACCCUCCCGGGGUCCAAUCAUAUCAAUAAGGUGGUGAGUCAUCCCACGCUGCCCGUCACCAUCACCGCCCACGAAGACAGACACAUCAAGUUCUACGACAACAAGUCAGGUAAAGUGACCCAUGCGAUGGUGGCUCACCUGGACGCCGUCACCAGUCUGGCUGUGGAUCCUAACGGCAUCUACCUGAUGUCAGGAAGUCAUGACUGCUCCCUGCGUCUGUGGAACCUGGAUAAUAAAACGUGUGUCCAGGAGAUCACGGCUCACAGGAAGAAGAGCGAGGAGGCCAUCUACGACGUGGCCUUCCACCCGUCCAAGGCCUACAUCGCCUCCGCCGGCGCCGACGCCCUCGCCAGGGUCUACGUGUAGAGGAGGAGGAGCAGGAGGAGGAGCAGGAGGAGGAGGAGGAGAGGAAGAGAGAGAGGAAGACCGUGGGGCGAGAGACACAGACAGACAGAGAAAGAAAGAGAGAGAGAGACAGUAUUCAGGUCUGUUCAGGUCUCUGAACACAGAUUAUAUAUUAAUGACUGAACACACACACACACACACACACACACACACACACUCACACACACACACUCACACACACACACACACACACACACACACACACACACACUCUCUGCAGCUGUGACUGGAGACGUUUGGAGCAGCUCACCUGUCUGUCUGUCCUGUGAUGUCAUCUCCCCGUCUGCAGCGCCAUGUGACCACACUACAAGCCCCGCCCCCUCCCUCCUCCGUGUUAACACUAGUCUGACCUCUGACCCUCAAACGGCCGGAGGAACUUAAAGGAAAACCCCCUAAAAGAAUUUCUGUGACGCUCUUCUUCUUCUUCUUCUUCUUCGUCUCGUUAACGUCCUAAACAAACGUUUUUCUGUUCGGGUCAGAAACAGAUAAAUCUGUUUCCUGUCAGUUUCCAUCCUCACCGGCCAAAAGUGACAUAAGUAAAAAUAAUUUAAUUACUUGUAUAACAAAAUGAAUAAAUGUAGAGGAAUUUAAUAAAAAUAUAUAAAUAAAUGCACAAAAUAAAUGGAAAUUCUAUAUUUUUACAUUUAUUUCCUAUUUAUUUCGGCAUUUCUGUAUCUGUUGAUUUAUUUCCAAAUUUAUUUCUGAGACUUUCUGUCACCCAACAAUGUAAAAAAUGUAAAUUAUCUGAGCGCUCACUUACGCAGAAUAAAUGUAGAAAUAAAUACAUGUGGAAAUGUAAAAAAUAAUGUGGAAAUAAGAAUAAAUGAAAACGUAGAAAUGAAUACAAAAGUAUUUUUGUAUUCAUUUUUACAAUUAUUUAUUUAUUUAUUAAUACAUUUAUUAAUUUAUUUCUGCAAGACUUUGUCACCAAACAAUGUAAAAAAAAAAAACUGUUAAUUCUCUAAUACCGCUCACACAGAUUUAAAUCAAUAAAUGUAGAAAUACAUUUAAUAAAAAGUAAAUAAACUACUACAUGUGGAAAUGACAAUACAUUUAAAUGUAGUAAUACAUUUAAAAAAAUUCAGAAGUACCAAAAAAAUAAUUGUUAAAAUUUAAAAAAAUAUGGAAUUUGCAUUUAUUUAUAUAUUUCUGUAUUUAUUCAUUUUAUUUUGAAUUUAUUUCUACUAAGGUAAUUUUUUGUCCCGUCUGUGGUUCUUUCUGCCAAAUAAAUACAAACUGGUCACAUCAGACUAAGUUUGGUGUAAACGGAUUCUCACAGUUCCAGUUUGAACGACGUCACCUGAACGCAGCAUCACUCUGAUUCACUGCUGCAGGUUCAGACUCUGAUUCUCUGUGAACCAACAUGGAGUCAUCAGAGGGAAUCUGUUGACAGCAGAAGAAGAAGAAGAGCGUCCGCGGGGUUUUCUUCCUCCGGCUGCAGAAGAAGACGGAGGAGGAGCAGAACGUUUUCAGUUUUAACCCAUCGAGGUUUUGUUGUUUUUUAAGUCUGGAGUUUAGCUUCAGGAGAAACUUUUUUACCAUGUUUUUAAGAAAUGAAGUUAAAAGACACAAACGAGCGGCUCGGGUUAAAGCUCGAGUUCUGUUUGUCUGACGGGCCGACAGCUGAUUGGACGGUCGGUUAACACGCCUCAGCCCCUGGCGGGCCAAUCGCAGCCCAGCGUCUCCGCCGAGCGUUAACUGUAGUCACGUAUGGACGUCUUCUGUUUGUGUAAAAAUAAAUCUAGUUUUUAUAAUCGUUUUUAUAAAUGUGGAAACGUCUCGCAGCGAGCAGGACUUCAGGUCCUCGCUCCCGUCCAGAGAGGAGGAGGAGGAGGAGGAGGAGGAGGAAGAGGAGGAGAGAGGAGGAGGAGGAGGAGGAGGAGGAGGAGAGAAGAGGAGAGAGGAGGAUGACAAAGUUUUUAUUUAUUUUAAGAUUCAUCACAUCCCAGUGUUGCACUAGCUCUGACUCUUGAACGCCUCACUAACGUCUGGCGGUUCUUUCAGAUGUUCACCUUCACAUGUUGGUACCUGAACGCACCGCGGCCUCACUCACUACCUUCACAUGUUGGUACCUGAACGCACCGCGGCCUCACUCACUACGUUUACAUGCAUCAAACAGAAUUCCCACUGAAGAGUUUCAAACAUUAAUAUUCCUGUUUUACAUGCAGCCAUGCAAAAAUAAUCCUUCAGCAGUUUUGUUUGCUGUUAAAACCUCAAACUCAAAAGCAAACUUCUGGAUUUUUCAACAAAACUUUGUUCAUUUUUUACUCACAAAAAAAAAAAAGAAAUCAAAAAAUGCUUUAUUUGCAAAUCCCCAAAAAUUAAAAAGUAGUUUUUUUCUAUUGCAUUUAAAAUGCAAAAGAUUUUUUGAACUUUUUGAACAUUUUAAAGUUUAUUUUACUUUUUAAUAGAGCUGCUACAAUUAUUCGAUAAAUCGAACAAUAAUCGAUUAUUAAAUUAAUCGUCAACUAUUUUGAUAAUCGAAUAAUUGGUUUGAGCAGUUUUUUAAAGACAAUAAGUCCAAAUUCUCUGAUUUCAGCUUCUUCAAUGUGAAUAUUUCUGGGUGUUGUGUUCCUUUAUGACAAUAAACUGAAUAUCUCUUUGGUUUGUUGACAAAACAAGAGAUUUGAGGACGUCAUCUUGUGGUUUGGAAACACUCAUUGAUAUUUUUAAACAUUUUAUUCACCAAACAACUAAUCGAUUAAUCGUUUAAAUAAUCGACAGAUUAAUUGAUAAUGAAAAUAAUCGUUAGUUGCAGCCCUACUUUUUAAUCAAAUAUUUUUUUCAUUUUCUUGCAGAAAGUUCAGUUUAAUUAAAGUUUAAAAACAUAAUAAAGGCACAAAAGUGACUGCAAAUGGUCUCAUAUGCAGAAUUAUGGUUUUAAAAUCUUCUGUUGAAGAGAAGCUGCAGGUUUGGAAACUCUCCUCCUCCUGCUGCUCCUCCUCUUCCUCAUAUCACUGUGUGAUGCUCCUGCUCCUGUUCCUCCUGCUGCUGCUCCUCCUCUUCCUCAUAUCACUGUGUGACUUUUCUCUUCACGUCGGGUACAUUAGACUUUUCUCCACCACCGCUUUGACGAGCAGGAUUAAACUUUUAUUUGUAUCAUUUUUUAAUCUUUCUGAGGCAAAGAGCCGGUUUGAGCUCCAGGAGAAACGGUCCAAUCAGACGCCUCGUGGGGCGAGUUUUGAAAACAAAAAGCUGCCACCCGAUUGGACGAACAGGCUGACCUGCUUUGACUGACGGGGAGUUUUAAUUUCAUCGUUGUGGUUUUGUUUUAAUUUAAUUUUUUUAAACUGAAGGGAUUUGUAACGCAAGCAUCACAAAUCUUUAUUUUUCUUUCACACGCUACGACUUACUGUGUAACUAAAGACUUUUUGUUUGUGUAAUGCAUGAUUAAUACAAUAAAAGUAUUUUUUCUAGUCUUCCAAAAAAUGGAAAAAAAAAAAGUUCUGAUCAGUUUGCGAGUUUUGAUGAGUUUUGUAAGUUUUUUUUUUUUUUGAUUUACAAACUAUGAAACAUCAGAUUUUAAAGAUUGUACCACAUAGCAGAAUACAACUGUUGAAAUGUAUAUAAAAUGUCUAUAAUAACUAUUAAAUGGUGUACCUGUACAGAG